CCUUUUUUCCCCCACCACCAAUUUUCUGAUCGAUGCUGGGAUUCAAGGAGUGAAGCUCAGAACAGGAAGCAGGCGAAGACACUACAGAAUACUGCAGAGGCUCCUUUGUUGCUUUUAUGGGGAGGUUCUUUAUUUCUUUCCUUUUUCAUUUCAGUGAAAUCAAGAGUUUACAAGCUUCUUUGCCCAGGAACCUGUACCUGCAGUAGAAGGAGCCUCUCAUCAUCUAUCUACAAGUGUAUGGAUAUUUCUUAUGCUAUGAUUUUUAAUCCUCUUUUAAUCAGCACUUUUUUUAUGAGAGAGGCUAAACAGUAAUUAAGAGGUGCAGGAUGAAAAGAUGGCACAAUCAGUGCUGGUACCACCAGGACCUGACAGCUUCCGCUACUUCACAAGAGAAUCCCUUGCAGCUAUUGAACAGCGUAUCAAUGAAGAGAAAGCUAAAAAAUCCAAACAAGAGCGCAAAGAUGAUGAUGAUGAAGAUGGCCCAAAGCCAAACAGUGACUUGGAGGCAGGAAAGACCCUGCCAUUUAUUUACGGCGACAUACCUCCAGGAAUGGUGUCCGAGCCCUUGGAAGACCUGGACCCAUAUUAUAUCAAUAAAAAAACCUUUAUAGUAUUAAAUAAAGGAAAGGCAAUAUUCCGAUUCAGUGCCACCUCUGCCCUGUACAUGUUAACUCCUUUCAAUCCUCUUAGAAAAAUAGCUAUUAAGAUUUUGGUACAUUCGUUAUUCAGCAUGCUUAUCAUGUGCACUAUUUUGACCAACUGCGUAUUUAUGACCAUGAGUAACCCUCCAGACUGGACAAAGAAUGUAGAAUACACAUUCACUGGAAUUUAUACCUUUAAAAAAAAAAAAAAUCAGCCUUUGAGUUUAACAAAUUCUUGCAUGAGAUAUUUGCAGUAA